AUGGCUGUGUUGGAGAAGGCGUGGCCAUUCAUUGGGGUGUACAUGGAGAAGCUGCUUAGAGAAAAGAUCCAGCCAUCCAUCAGGUCCUCCAAUCCUGCACUCAAAGCGUUCACAUUUACCAAGAUUCAUUUUGGAUACAAACCUCUCAAGAUCACUGGAAUAAGAGCGUACACACAUGAAGUGGAACAUAGGGAAGUGAUUCUAGACAUGAAUAUAAGUUAUGAUGGUGAUGUGGACAUCAGCACUGAUGUAAGCCUGGCAAUCACAACUCGUGUGAAAGGACUUAAACUCCAGGGGAUGCUGAGGGUCAUUUUAGAGCCUCUUAUUGGUCAAGCACCGCUGGUGGGAGGAGUGACUUUUUUCUUCAUUCGCCGCCCUGUAAGUGGCCAGAGACUUUCUCACAGUCUUAUUAUGACGAGUGGAGCCUUGUAUUCACUGUCUGAGGAGACGAUCUUGGAUGCUAUAGCUUCCAUCAUGGUGUUGCCCAACCGCAUGUGCAUUCCCCUCAUAGACAAGGUCAAAGGGGACCAGAUGAGGUUCCCACUUCCUCAUGGGGUGGUGAGGGUCCACUUGUUGGAGGCCAGAGAUCUGGUGGCUAAGAACACACACGUGAUGAAUUUAAUGAAAGCGAAAUCCGACCGAUAUGCCACACUGAGAGUGGGCAGCACGCAUUUCAAAAGCAAGACUGUCAAAGAGAAUUUGUUCCCAAAAUGGAAUGAAGUGUGUGAGUUUAUUGUCCAUGAGGCCCCGGGGCAGGAGCUAGAAUUAGAGCUGUGCAAUGAGGGCGCAGACAAAGAUGAUUGUCUUGGAAGAUAUAACCUUGAUUUUGGAGAAGUGAAGAGGGAGAAACAAAUGGAUCAGUGGUUUCCUGUGGACAGGGCACUGCAUGGUGAAGUUCAUCUUAAGCUCCAGCGGUUUUCCCUUCAGACUGACACCAGCCUGCUGAAGCAGGAAGCCUACAGCAGCUUAUCCACGGACAACUUUGCCUGUGCUGUGCUUGCAGUGUACCUGCACAGUGCCACAGAUCUACCACUCACAAAGAGAACCACCUGUCCCAACUGCUUUGUGGAAAUGUCCAUUGACGACGACGUUAAGAAAAGCGAGGUUGCGUAUGCAUCUAAAGAUCCAGUUUGGGAAAAGGGUUUCACCUUCUUUGUGCAUAAUGUCAGUGCACAGGAGCUCAUUGUUCAGGUCAAAGAGCCUGAGAAGAAGAAUCUAGUCGGUGUUCUCAGCUUGCCCCUCAGUCACCUGCUCAGAACCUCCAACCUGACUCUAGACCAGCGCUUCAUGCUGGAGCGCUCUGGAGCAAACAGCCAGAUCAAACUGAGGGCCACUCUCAGGAUUCUUAAUUUGGAAGAGCCUCCAUCCCAGACUAUCUUCAGUCCUCCUCCACAAGGCAAACAACAACAGGCCAGAAAAUCAGGGUACAGCUCAGUCUCCAAUCCCUCCAAUGCUCCACCCUCCUCUCACACAGCUUCCUCCAACAAUAUCCCUGCUGCCUCUACUCCGAACCUGGAGGGAGCAUCACCAAGCAAAGACUAUUUGGCUCAAGGCUGUGGCUCCUCCCAGGCGCCUGAAAACAGGAAGCAAUUAUCUUCAUCAAUAAACUUGCGUCGGUUCGACUCCCACAGCCUGCUGUUAGAGAACGUCAUCGAUUCAUCGCGAUUCGACCUGUCAGAUGGAGCCUCCUAUCCAGAGGCCAUUAGGAAUCAUCUGGGUUCAUUUGGAGAGAUUGCGUUGUCUGUACGAUAUGUAGCCAUGAGGAACAAACUCAUGGUCUUUGUUAACAAUUGCAGGAAUUUAUUCCCCUGCAGUGAGAACGGCACAGACUCUUACGUCCGCCUGUAUCUCCUUCCUGUCCAAAGCUUGAAGCAUCGCAAGAGGACCGGUGUCAAGAAGAGGGCGAUCAAUCCCAUUUUCAAAGAAAAGUUUCAGUUCGAUGUGACACUCAGGGAAGCACAAACUAGGAAGUUGUGUGUGUCUGUGAAAAGUAACAAGAUGUUGGUCUCCAGAGAGAGAAAGGGCAUUGGCUUGGUAUGUUAUGCUACGUCAGGGUAA